UAUUUCGACAGAUACGAUUUGUGCUUUCACGUCGAUCGCGUUUAGCGCGUCGAUCGGCAAUAGUGUUUUUCAAACUUGUUUUUCAAGCUGUGAUGCGAACAAAAAGUUCACUGCCGAAAGGCGAGCAAUCAUUCCAUGAUUUUGUGCCGGUUGUGGAAUCAUGAAAGUUACCGACUUUUUGCGAAUCAUCGCAAUUGCGACUGUUCUAUCGAUCCAAGCCUCCGAAGGGCUCAUUCGGAAAUGCUUCUCGUGUCGGUCACGCGGAGACCGAGGUGAUUGCAAGGAUCCGUUUCGUGUGAAUCAAACAUUGGUAAUCGAGGAUCAAGAGUACCAACGUCAAGUUGGGAUUAAAGCCAUUCCUUGUGCUUCCGGUUGGUGUGGGAAAAUCCUCGAAGGAGGAGGUGACAAAGAC